GUUGCGAGCGUGACUUCCUUUCGGGCUGUCUGUGUGCGGCUGGGCUCCUCGCGAGUCGCAGAACCUCAGUAUAAUCUCCAUGAUGUUGGCUGGGAGACAUGCCUUCUGAGGGACUGUGACAUUGCAGUGGUGCUGUGCUGGUAGUUUUGCAGGCUGGCUGCUGUAGCUGCUGGGCAGACGGCUGGGCUAAUUCACUCUGACUAACAAGAAGUUACACGACAGCAGAACAGGCAGUUUAAGAAAAUCUGACUCCCUCGCUUUGAGGCAAAACAAAGCAGACAGCUUAAAGAAGAGGUUUAUACGACGACAAGUCUCACCAACUGUUCAGUAGGCAUGCGGCUGGUAGCCUGUUUAGCAGUGCUGGUGUUCUGGGUGGCAGAAGCUGUAGAGAACUGUCCUGAUGUCUGUAAAUGCACCAAGAAAACCAGCCCUGAAAGGUCAGAGGUCAACUGCCACAAGAAGGGGAUGAGGACAUUUCCCUCCAAACUGCCCCCUGAUUCCUGGAUCCUAAAGAUGGGUGAGAACGGAAUAGUCGACCUCCCAGCAAACGUCCUGAAACCCAUCCCCAAGAUUGAAAGCAUCAACUUGGAACGCAAUGCCAUCAAAUCAAUACACCCCCAGGCCUUCUCUGGAGCCCAGAGACUGAUGCUGAUCAAUCUGUAUGGGAACCAGAUCAACAAACUCCCUGUGAAAGGCUUCCAGGAUCUCAUCAACCUCCGCUUCCUCAUGCUGGGCCAGAACCAGAUCUCCAGUGUCAAACCAGACAUGUUCACAGGCAUGAGGAACCUUUCAGACCUGGACCUGCCCCUCAACUCUCUGAUUGCCCUUCCUUCCAACGCCUUCAAGCCUCUGAUCGCCCUAAAGGUCCUGGACCUGGCCCUCAACCGCAUCGAGAGGAUCUCCCCAAAGGGCUUUGUGGGCCUGACAGAGCUGCUGUUCCUCAACCUGGACAACAACAGUCUGAAGAGCAUCUCGGCUGGUGCUUUCAAGCCUCUGGCCUCCCUGGAGAUGCUGGUGCUGGAUAACAACCUGCUGUCCACUUUGACCUCAGCCACUCUGGAGGGCCUGUCCAACCUUCAGGAGCUCUACCUGAGGAACAACGAGCUGGAGAGGCUGCCCCAGGACCUGUUUAGACAUACACCCAAGCUCUCCCAGCUGGCCCUCAGUGGAAACCGGCUCAAAAACAUGGAUGGGAACAUUUUCACCCAGCUGUCUGGCCUGAAGGAGGUGUAUCUCCAUGACAACCCCUGGACGUGUGACUGCAACAUCAAUGGCCUGGUGCGCUGGGUGUCCCAGACAAAGGCCAACCUUUCCCUUCUGGAGUCCCUGAGGUGUGUUGCCCCGACAGAGUACCGCAACAAAUCCCUCAGCAGCCUGAAAGACCAGAACCUACGCUGCCAGGCCUAGACUAGAGCCAAACCAACCCUUACUCUGUGUUGUCAGGCCUAGACUAGAGCCACUCAAACCUUUACUCUGUGCUGUCGGACCUAGACUAGAGCCACUCAAACCUUUACUCUGUGCUGUCGGGCCUAGACUAGAGCCACUCAAACCUUUACUCUGUGCUACCAGACCUAGACUAAAGCCACAUCAAUCUUUCUUCCACACCAGCAUCCUGCAUCAGCCACGUUACAUUUUUACAUUUGACAUAUUUUGCAGACACUCUAAUCUAGAGCAAUUUACAGUAGUGAGUGCAGACAUUUGCAUACAUUCCUGCUACAGAAUAACCUGUUAUACAACACUUAAUACUUAGCUAUGGUCCAACGACAGAACAGUUACCCAUUAUUGUGCAACCCUAGCCUAGGUCCCACCACAGAAUGACAUGUCAUUGUGCAACAUCUAGCCAGCCACGGCCCGGUAACUGACAACUGUAAAAUUAGCUUUUACUGUACAGCCAUCAGCGAAAGUUAUUAUAAACUCAGCAAAAAAAGAAACGUC